GGCAGCGCCCCCGGCCGGACAGGAUGGCGGGCCGCGGCCGGCGGGCUGCCCCUCUCGCGCUCCUGGUGCUCCUCUCACUGGCGGGCGUGUCGCACGGUAACCCGUUCGCCAAGAGGCUGUAUGACGACCUGCUUAGCAACUACAACCGACUGAUACGGCCCGUGGGCAACAACACCGAGAAGCUCACCGUUUGGCUCAAGCUCAAGCUGUCGCAGCUCAUCGAUGUGAAUCUCAAGAGUCAGAUCAUGACUACAAACGUUUGGGUGGAACAGAAAUGGAUGGACUACAAGCUCCGGUGGAACCCAGAGGACUAUGGCGGAGUGGACAAGCUGUACGUGCCCUCCGAGCACAUCUGGCUGCCUGAUAUCGUGCUGUUUAACAAUGCGGACGGCAACUACGAGGUGACACUGAUGACCAAGGCGACGCUUCGGUACGACGGUCUGGUGGUCUGGAAGCCGCCGGCCAUCUACAAGUCCUCCUGCGAGAUCGACGUCGAGUGGUUUCCCUUCGACGAGCAGAGCUGCGUCAUGAAGUUCGGCAGCUGGACCUACGACGGCUUCCAGGUGGACCUGAAACACAUGGAACAAAAGGCAGGGAGCAACAUAGUGGAUGUCGGCAUUGACCUCAAGGAGUACUACAUGAGCGUCGAGUGGGACAUCCUGGAGAUACCAGCUAAGCGGAACGAAGAGCUCUAUGUCCAGAUUCCAUAUCCAGACAUCACCUUCAACCUGACGAUGCGGCGGAAGACACUGUUCUACACCGUCAACCUCAUCAUACCCUGCGUCGGCAUUUCCUUUCUGACCAUCCUCGUGUUCUACCUGCCGUCCGACUCGGGUGAGAAAGUCACGCUCUGCAUCUCGAUCCUGCUCUCCCUCACUGUGUUCUUCCUGCUGCUGGCCGAGAUUAUCCCUCCCACCUCCCUGGCCGUCCCCUUGCUCGGCAAGUACCUGCUCUUCACCAUGAUCCUGGUCACGCUGUCCAUCUGCGUCACCGUCGGCGUCCUGAACGUCCACUUCAGGUCGCCAGCCACGCACAAGAUGGCGCCGUGGGUGCGGCGCAUCUUCCUGUACCUGAUGCCGCGGCUUCUGCUGAUGCGGCGGCCGCUGUACGGCCCGCGCCGCCAGAGCUUCGACCCCAAGACGCACCUGCACGACCACGUGUGCACGGCCGGCGCCGAGUACAUGUCCGGCGACACGUUCCGGGACCCGUACGCCGACGACUCCACGCCAUCGGCCUUCAAGAUCAACGGCGGCUGCGGUGCCCAAAGCUCAGAUAUAUUCGGCUGCAGCAGCGAGGAACCACAGUACUCUCCGGAGGUACAGCGCGCGCUGGAGGGUGUACAGUUCAUAGCCCGGCACAUUAAGGAGGAAGACAAAACCAACGAGAUCAUCCAGGACUGGAAGUACGUGGCGAUGGUGCUGGACCGGCUCUUCCUGUGGCUGUUCACGUUGGCCUGCGUGCUCGGCGCGGUGGCCAUCAUCUUUCAGGCGCCGUCACUGUACGACACGCGCGAGUCGAUCGACACCCAGUUCUCCAACAUCAAGGUGCCGACGAGUGACCCCAGAUACCGGGGCUGAACGCCGGCGCCAGCGGCGCUGCGCCAUCUAGCCCGGCAUCGGUCGCCCUCACCGGCACCUCCCCCAGUCGCCGGCUUCACUGUGCUUCGUUUCCGGCCGGCGAGUAUUCUCGACGCGUCGGCCGCGCAAACGUGCAAGCGAACUCUACCACGUCAAGUGUGGCGUUGAACUGUAUGAGUGGGCUUCGUGUGACGGGCUGUUCUCAGUUCCACCCAAUGUCUGCUGAUCAGUGUUAACUGUUGUGUAUUUGGGCAGGCAUGGGCAGGACGUUGGCUUUAGACAAUACAUCAGGCUCAGACUGUGUACUCAACGCUAGAUGGGACAAUAAUCUUAAAAGGAAUGUUCCACAGUGAAGAAAUUGAGGCAAGCGUCAGAUAUGAUGGAAAAUUUUAAUUAUAACUAUUGGUAUGCUUUCAUGGUUCAAAAACUUGCCUAAAUAGCAAAAUUUCAAAGGCGAAUUGCAAAAAUGUUCCGCAUUACGUCGUCACUUGAUGACGUCACGGAAGUGUUUUGUGACGUCAGCAAUGCCUGACGGCGUCUGAAAGCCAAACUUAAAGAACACCUCGAAACGCACGCAGGUUGACGCCAGCCAGCCAUUCGUGUGGUGGCUACUCGAGGAAUGCACGGCAGCAUGAAUAAUACGAUCACAUAACAAU